AUGGCCCCGGAAGAGCCUCAGUGUAAACUGACUCAUUACAACUUUGCACGCUGUAAAAGAGGCAUGGGAGUGUCCAAGUUACCAGAGUACUACAAGAAGCUGACGUGUAGCAGACAGAAAUCAGAACUGAAAGGGAGUACCUGGAGUUGCUGUCCUGCUGGCUGGAGAGGUUUCCAAUCCAACUGCUAUUUACUUCUUAAUGACAACAAGACAUGGGCUGAGAGUGAGAGGAACUGUUCAGGGAUGGGGGCCCAUCUGGCGACCAUCAGCACAGAAGCUGAGCAGAACUUUAUUAUUCAAUUUUUGGAUAGACGAUUUUCAUAUUUCCUGGGACUUACAGAUGAGAACACUGAAGGUCAGUGGCACUGGGUGGACCAGAUGCCAUUUAACCCACACAUGGUAUUCUGGCAUGAGAAUGAACCCAGUAACUCUCAGGAAGAAAAUUGUGUUGUUCUUGUUAAUAACCGAGAUAAAUGGGCCUGGAAUGAUUUUCCUUGUAACUUUGAGACCAGCAGGAUUUGUAAGAUACCUGGAACAGCACUCAACUAGAAACCUACAAAGUGGUUCUUGUGAUAGAGAUGGAAAAUAAGAACCAGUUAGAAUAGGGCAGAAUGUAUGUGCAUCCUUGGAAUAGAGAAAACAUUCUGGGUCUCAGAGUAGUUUUCAGUUAUGAUGAUUUUAAUUAUUUUUGUUCAAUUCUUUUAAGAUAAUGCAUGUGCACGUGUGGGUGUGUGUUUGAGGUAAUGUGAUUUUGUAAGGUGUUUUGGUGGAAUGAAUCAUCUUUUUUGUGAAAGCCAGUUUUCAUUAUCUU